GUGGUCGUCGUUUAAAAGUCUCGUCGUGUUUCUGUUCCUCUUGAAUUACCAACUAAACUAAAACUUAUCCAAAAUGGCUCCUCCAUCAUACAGCGAUUUGGGCAAGCAGGCUCGCGACAUCUUCAGCAAAGGCUACAACUUUGGUCUGUGGAAAUUGGACCUGAAGACCAAGACGCCCUCGGGCAUUGAAUUCAACACAGCUGGCCACUCCAACCAGGAGUCGGGCAAGGUCUUCGGCUCCCUGGAGACCAAGUACAAGGUGAAGGACUAUGGCCUCACUCUCACGGAGAAGUGGAACACAGACAACACCCUGUUCACCGAGGUGGCUGUCCAGGACCAGCUGCUCGAGGGUCUGAAGCUCUCGCUGGAGGGAAACUUUGCUCCCCAGUCUGGAAACAAGAACGGCAAGUUCAAGGUUGGCUUCGGCCACGAAUACGUGAAAGCCGAUUCGGACGUCAACAUUGAUCUGAAGGGUCCCUUGAUCAACGCCUCUGCCGUGCUGGGCUACAACGGAUGGUUGGCCGGCUACCAGGCCGCAUUUGAUACGCAACAGACCAAGUUGACCACCAACAACUUUGCCCUUGGCUACACCACCAAGGACUUUGUCUUGCACACAUCUGUGAACGAUGGCCAGGAGUUCAGCGGCUCCAUCUUCCAACGCACUUCGGACAAGCUGGAUGUGGGUGUGCAGCUGUCGUGGGCCAGCGGCAACAGCAACACCAAGUUCGCCAUCGGCGCCAAAUACCAAUUGGGCGACGAUGCCAGCGUACGCGCCAAGGUGAACAAUGCCAGCCAGGUGGGCUUGGGCUAUCAGCAGAAGUUGCGUGAUGGCAUCACCUUGACCCUGUCCACGUUGGUCGAUGGCAAGAACUUCAACGACGGCGGCCACAAGAUCGGAGUUGGUCUGGAGCUGGAGGCUUAGGUCGACGAUUUUCCCAAUCGAGGAAUAUAGUUAUCUAACAUCCCCACACUCCCAACAACAACAACAGUAACAGAAAGAAAAGUAAAAGUAAAAGUGCAGAAACAACACCAAGCAAAGCAGAACAACAAAUAAGCAAAUAAAACUGUAAAAGAUAUUUUACGAAAACACCACAAAAGAUACAAGAAUCUUCACAUUUAGCAAACGGUUUAGAUCAGUUGCCAGAACUCCUCCGCCUCCACCUGCGCCACCGCCACCGCCUCCCGCCUCCAUUUCCAACAAUCCGUGCUCCACCAGAAUCUGCAGAAGAGACACUGCCAACCAACAAAGCGAGCAAGGGUCGGGACGGUCGGACGGUCAGUCGGUCAGUCAACCGUCGCUGGAUGUAGUUUUGUUUAGUAUGUACCAUGAAAACUAGCUUAUGUGUUGUUGGCAAAGAACAGAGAAAAAUACAUUUACCUAUUAAACAAAACUAAAGUUAAAA